CAACCCCUCAAGGUGCCAAUAGCGUCAACCUUGAUCGUCUCAUCCAGGUCCCGGCCAAGGCUGUCAAGGUGCCUGUCGCCAAUCUUGCCCUCUACCUUGCUUCUCUACCCCUCCAAACUUCUGACCGCUCCUAUGAUGAAUCCGAACCCCGCCCCGCCCCGCCUUGGCUCCCCCCUCGACUGGGACCCCUCCGAAAAAUCCCCUAAGAGUUGUGCCUCUGGUGCCUGUGUGGUGGCUUUGGUGCUCUGUGCAACCACAAAGAAGAUCGUCACCUCAACUCAAAACACACCUCACUUCACCCACGAUAACCACAAUGGAGUACGUAGUAGCCAAUACAAACACGUCUUUGCUACAUCUACGACGACAUCGUUACGCCAGACCGCCAGCAUAUACCGGGGACCAUCACGCCAGUGGCGUACCAUCGUGUUCCAGCCCUCUCAAGCUUCCCAGGCUAGCCCAAGAACCCUGGACUAG